AUGGUGAUCGCAACCCAAACCGCCGACGCCAUCCUGUCCGUCGUUGAGUCGUACCGCCUGAAGGCCUCCCCCUUUGACUCCUCCAUAGUCCCCCAGUGCCGGGAAACCAUCCUCCCGCUCAUCCAGAAGGCCGUCGAAGCGAAAGAGCCCGUCUCCUUCAUUCUCCCUGCUUUCCCCUUCAAGUCGCCCAAUAAAGUCGACAAGGUGCUCGGCGUGCUGCCGGACAAGUGUGAGGAAGUUGCGCUGCUGCACCUCCAGGGCUUCUGCAACAACAUAAGAGACGUCUACGCUCCGGGCGCGGAGCUGACCAUCGUGUCCGAUGGCAUCGUGUAUAACGACCUCCUCGGCGUGCCCGACGCCACCGUCCAUGAGUACGGCGAGCGCCUGCGCCAAAUGACCAUGGACCUUUCCUGCAACAGCAUACAUUUCGCGCGGCUCUCGAUGAUGCCGUCGCUGAAAGCCAAGCUGCCGGUCGAGCUGCUCGACUACCACGACACGGCCAGCUACGAGAAGGUGGCGCCGCUGGUGCGCGACACGUUGAUGGCGACGUACGUCGAUAAGGGGUACGACGUCAACAGCCACAUCGCCCAUGACGAGAGCGUCAAGGCCACGUAUAUGGGCUACCUCAAGUACCUGUCCCGCGACCUGCGGCAGUCCUCCACCAGUCGGAACGCGUUCAAGCGGGAGGUGUCCAAGGUGUCCAAGAAGAUGAUCGCGCGCGGACAGUGCUACGCCGCCUGCGUCAAAGAGUCCUUCCCGCACUCCGUCCGCCUCUCCAUCCACGCCGCCAACUCCGCCACCAAGAUCCCCAUCGCCGUUAUCCCCAACGUCCAGGACCACCCCAUCACGCCCUGGCACAGCGUCAUGACGUGCGGGCUGGACGGCAUACUGCGGCCCAUGACGCGCAAAGAGGUCGCCAAGCGCUCCGACUUGGAGCCCGUCUACAAGCCGGACGGCCAGCUGUGGUGCUACCGCGAAAAGAGUGCGCUGUACGAUGUUUUCACCCGCCAGGGCGCCUUCGUCGACCACACCUACCCGUGCGGCCUGCUCAUCCAACUGUUCGCAAACUGUCCGACCACAAUCCCCCCUGUGGUCCUGCGCGGCCUGGACGGCACGACCGACCGGCAAGCCUUCCUGGCCAAGGGCCGGGAGAUGGGGCAGAUCAUGCAGUGGAAGUUCGGCGAGCUGCUCGAGGUCAAGGACGGCGGCGAGAAUACGGCGGGGCUGAACAACGUGCUGUCCGCCGAGCCCAUGCCCAUGCACUACGACGGCCUGUUCAAGAUGGUCAACGGCGAGUCGACGCCGCCGCACUACCAGAUUUUCACGGCCGUGACGGUGUCGCCGAAGGGCACGGGGCGCACGCUGUUCGCCACGAGUCCUUUGCUGUUCGCGAACCUCACGGGCGGCUGGACGGUCGACAAGCUGCGGCCCUACAAGUGGCGCGUCGACUCCGAGUCGUUCGACUCGUCGCACUUCGGGCAGCUGCCGCUCGUCGUCGACCACCCGGAGACGGGCGUCCCGUGCAUCCGGUACCACGAGGACUGGCCGCAGGAGCGGACGCGCUUCGAGGAGACGCGCAUCAGCAUCGAGGACACGGACAAGGCGACGGACCUGAGCAUCCGCACGGCCGUCGAAAAGGCGCUGUACGACUGGCGCGUGUGCCUGCGCAUCGGCUGGGAGAAGGGCGACGUCUUGGUCAACGACAACAUCCUGAACAUGCACACGCGCGAGGGCUACACAUCCAAGUUUUGCCGCGAGCUGUGGCGCCUGCACGUCGACUAG